GGGGUCGCCGCCUGAGCUCCGCGCCGGGCCGUGCGGCGGCGGCGGCGGCGUGAGAUGCGUCGCGGAGCGGCCUGAGGUGAGCGGGGAGCGGAGCGGCGGGGCCGCGCGAAGGGCCGCCGGGCUCACGCCGUUUUCCUCCCCCCUCAGGGGCGGCGCUUCGCUCGGUGCUGAGGAGAUGGACGCCGGGGCCCGGCCGGGCGGCGCGGGGCAGCCCCGCGAGUACAAACUGGUGAUGUUGGGCGCCGGCGGCGUCGGAAAGAGCGCCAUGACGAUGCAGUUCAUCAGCCACCGCUUUCCCGAGGACCACGACCCGACCAUCGAGGAUGCCUACAAGAUACGGAUACGCAUCGAUGACGAACCUGCCAACCUGGACAUCCUGGAUACGGCGGGACAGGCAGAGUUCACGGCCAUGAGGGACCAGUACAUGAGGGCUGGAGAGGGGUUUAUCAUCUGCUACUCCAUCACGGAUCGACGCAGCUUCCACGAAGUGCGUGAAUUCAAGCAGCUCAUCUAUCGUGUCCGGCGCACCGACGACACCCCCGUGGUUCUGGUGGGGAACAAAUCCGACCUGACGCAGCUGCGGCAGGUCUCCAAAGAAGAAGGCUCUGCCUUAGCACGAGAAUUCAACUGCCCUUUCUUUGAAACUUCUGCUGCGUACCGUUACUACAUUGACGAUGUGUUCCACGCUCUGGUGCGAGAGAUCCGCAGGAAAGAGAAAGAAGCAGUGAUGGCAAUGGAAAAGAAAUCCAAACCCAAAAGCAGCGUUUGGAAAAGACUGAAAUCCCCGUUCAGGAGGAAGAAGGAUUCGGUCACUUGAAGGGAAGAACUCCUCUGGAAGAGAAAACCUGGGAGCAGCCACUCGGAACCAAAGCGGUUGAAUGACAACGUUUCAGCAGUAGGUUUAAGGACUGAUGGGACUUCUGAGAGGGGGAGCAUCACUUUCACCCGUUAUUAUUGCUUAAAACGGUAUUCUCUUAGUUCUGGAUGUUUAACUUGGGACACAGUAACAAUUGGACUUCUGUUUGUUGUCAUUUUUAGACCGGAUUCUCAAAAUACUGCUUGUAUGUGGGUUACAGAUGCUGGUAGGUUUCUGACACUGCACUUUGGAAUGUUUGGUCACUGCAUACUGGAAGUCUGAGUUGUUUUAAGGGGAAAAAAGAUGCUGAAUUUCUACCCAGCUUAACUUAACUUCAUUCUGUUUCUCAGUUGUCUGCACCACAGAACGCUGCUGCGUUCCUGAGCAGUCCCUCCCAUCACCAUCAGAGGAGGAUUUUGUUGAGGUUCUGAUGGAAAAUACUCAGCGAAGUGUGUGACAGCGCAGCCCGGGCUGCGUGCGGAUGGCAGCGAGGGGAGAUGUGUGCUUUGUUCUCUUGGAAAAGGGUUUUUCUAGCAAAAAGUUCACCUGAAUGAGCAGUGAACUCCCAGUGUGGUGGUUGGGAUCCUCAGCAGGUCAGAAACAGCAAAUUAUUGUUCUCUGGCAGCUGUAACUUGGCAGCAGUGCGUGGACAUGUAGCAUCGUCCCUCCAUUUAGCAUUGAUGGCGUUGUUGGAGUGUUUGUGAUGAGCUGGAAACUGCAGCUUUGGAUUUUCUGACUUGUUUGUUGAAAUCGUAGCUGUGAUGGUGCAGUGGCAUAUUUAUUUACGUUCACUUUUGUAUGGUUGUCUUAAAGGAGACAGUAUUAUUGAGUAGGAGUCUCUAACGUAGUCAUUUCAGAUUAAUCUGUGAUAACUGCUUUGUAAAGAAGACUGAAAGCGAGGCAAUGGGGCCAGAACUGAUAUCCCUGAUGCUGCUGAGGUUCUUCAGUGCUGCCUUCAAGGUGGGAUCAGCAGAAGGGAGCAGUGAGUGGGGCACAGCAGCAGCACUGCUGGGCAUUCCCACCCAACCAUCAGCACAGCCUUCCUCCUUGGGGAUGAUUUUACACAUACACUGCUUAUAGGAUUUCAAUCCGGAGCUGUUGUCGCAGUACAAAAUGCUCACGGAGAGGUGGAUGUUAUUUUUUAACUGAUAGAGAAAAUCGUAGGUGACUCAGAUGGGUUUAAAUGCCUUUCUCAGAGCGUGAAGUGCCUCGAGUCUCUCUGAUAAAGAGCUCAGCAGACUGUAAGUGCAGUAUUACUCAAAUGCUUCUCUUAAUUGUUGAUCCUCCGUGUCAGUCGCUGUUAAUCUUACUGACCAAAAGGCCCUGCAGUGCCUCUCGGUGUGCUGCAGUGUGCCAUCACAACUGAAUCAAGUUGGUAGAAUGGAUGUGUAAAAAGAUCCGGCACAAAAAGUGAAGAUAAUGAAUAUACAGACCUUUAGGCUUUCUUCUUUCUACACUCCUUGUGUAAGAUACCACUGGAACUUCUGUGCCUGGUGCUUCUAAGGGUAUUUUCUUUGUGUAAGGUUUUAAGAAGAAUCUGUCAUGAGGAACUGGAGAGGGGUGAAUGGUUGGAUGUGUUUGUAGCUAAGCUCAGCAUUGGAAUGGAUUUCUGCUUCUCCCUUCCUUCCAGAACUGCAGUGUUAGGCUGUGCUGGUAAUCAUCACCGAUGGCAGAGCAGAGGGAACGAUUGGGGUUGCUGGGAAUGUCAGAGCUCUCCUCAGUUCACCAUGAAUUCACCAUGAACCACAGCCUGCAGUUGUGCUGUCUUUAUUGUGGUUACUGGUGUGGAACUGCAGGUCUGUGAGUCACUCCCUGUUGGAUUAAAUGCCAUCUAAAACUGAUAGAUAGAAGCCAGGGACAGCGGCAGGGUUAGGGUUGGGGUUGGGGUUGGGGUCAGGAUUAGGGUUGGGAGCGGCGCUGAUGGAUCCGCUCCUCCAGGAGCAGUUCUGAUUCCUUUGUGGCAAUGAUUACUUCCAAUCUCAGGCUGUGUGCUGGGAGCUGAGCAGGCCCAGUUCUCCCCAUCCCCUGUCUGUAAUGUCUGUGCCUUACAUGAUCCCUUCAAUGCAACAUAUAUGUUUACUAAUGCCUUUUAUGAGCCUGUUGCUUCUAGAAUUACUAAACCAGAACAGCAGCAAGCACUUUUUUUCUUUUUUUUACAGUGUUAUUCAAAAGAAAAAAAAAAAAGUUUUAUUUUUGUCAUGUAUAAAUUUGUACACGGGAUUAUCGUUUUAUGUGACACAAUAUAGAGUUUUUAAUACAAA